UCGAAAAGGUAAUAAAAUAUUCCUUUGGAAUAUACCUUUGGAGCUUUGUUUUGAUGACAGUCUUUUUGUUUUCAUCAAAAACCUUCAUUUCUUUUCGACUGAAGAAAGAAAGACAUGAACUUCUUGGAUGACAUGGGGGUCAGUAAAUUAUCAGGAAAUUUUAAUUUGAAAGUGAACUAAUCCUUUAAUGCAAUGAGUAGAUCACGAAAACAUGGGGGGAAAAUCGAUAUAGCCUACUUAAAUCCAAACACUGAACCUGCCUAAAAGUCCAGAAAAGCAGCACCAUGGAUCUGUUGCGUCUUUACGAGUGGAUCGAUAUCAAGGCUAUUUUUAUAUUUUCUUUUGUGUUUUUACUGUUGAGUGAUUAUAUCAGGCAUAAAGUGCCGAAAAACUUUCCUCCUGGACCAUGGGCUUUAGCGAUCAUUGGACACCUUCACCGUAUCGAUCAUACGAAGACUCAUCUUCAGUUGGCAAAGUUUGCAGAAAAAUAUGGAGACAUUUUACACAUUCGAAUUCUCGGACCAAGAAUUGUUAUUUUGAGUGGAUACAAAAGAGUGAAGGAGGUGUAUACACAACAGGGUGAUAACCUCGCUGAUCGUCCUGUGUUUCCAAUUAUUAAUGACAUUUCCGAAGACAAAGGUUUAGUUGUUGCCAAUGGAUAUAAAUGGAAGCAACAGAGGAGAUUUGCACUUUCAACUCUUCGGACCUUUGGAAUGGGAAAGAAAAGCCUGGAGCCAUCUAUCCAUCUUGAAUGUUGCUUUCUGAAUGAGGCCUUUUCAAAUGAGAAUGGUCAACCCUUUGACCCUCAAAUCCUGCUGAACAACGCUGUCUCAAAUGUGAUCUGUGUGCUUGUGUUUGGGAAUCGAUUUGAGUACAGUGACCAUGACUUCCAGUCUCUGUUGAAGAACAUUAAUGAAGCUGUGUUUCUGGAUGGAAGCUUCUGGGCUCAACUUUACAACUCCUUCCCAUGGCUCAUGCGCCUACUGCCUGGUCCACAUAAGAAAAUUUUUACUCUGUGGCAAGGAGUGAUUGACUUCGUCAAAGAGAAGGUGAAUGCACACAGAGUGGAUUAUGAUCCAUCAAAUCCAAGAGACUACAUUGACUGCUUCCUUGCCGAGAUGGAAAAACUUAAGGACGACACAGCCGCUGGGUUUGAUGUGGAGAACUUGUGCUUUUGUGCUGUGGAUCUGUUUGUAGCUGGAACUGAGAGCACCUCCACCACUCUGUACUGGGGUCUUCUCUACAUGAUCAAAUAUCCUGAGAUACAGGCCAAAGUUCAGGAGGAGAUUGAUCGUGUUGUGGGAGGGUCACGGCAGCCAUCUUUAUCAGACAAGGACAACAUGCCCUUCACCAAUGCUGUCAUUCAUGAGAUACAGAGGUUUGGAAAUACCGAUCCGUUAAAUUUUCCACGUGCUACUGUGGAAGAUACACAGAUAGGAAAAUACUUCCUUCCAAAGGGCACAAUAGUAACCAGCAGUUUGACAUCAGUGCUGUUUGAUGAGUCCGAGUGGGAGACGCCUCACUCUUUUAACCUGGGUCACUUCCUGGAUGCUGAGGGCAAAUUUAGGAGGAGAGAUGCCUUUUUACCCUUUUCUUUAGGAAAGAGAGUGUGUCCUGGGGAGCAGCUGGCACGGAUGGAGCUGUUCCUGCUUUUCUCCUCUCUGCUGCAGCGCUUCACUUUCUCUUCACCAGCAGGUGUGGAGCCCAACUUGGAUUACAGACUGGGGACCACUCGGUGUCCCAAACCAUAUAAAUUAUGUGUAGUAUCACGCUAAAGGCCCUGAUAUAGGCUAAUCACAGUGAAGUUAUUCUUCAUUCUUCACUUAGGGGACAGAUAAUACUCACAAAUUUGUGUUAGUGUAUUGCUUGCAAUUGUGAUACUGUAAAUAUGUACCGAUUUUAAUGUUUUGGACAAUAAAGUGUUAAAACGGGGCUGGGCAGCUCUGCUGACCAUCAAGAUUCACUUUCCUGCAGAGUUUAGCUGCCUCCAUCCCUGAUAAAACUCACCUGUUUGUAGCUUUCUAGUAAUCUUGAAGACCUUGAUUAGCUUGUUCAGAUGUGUUUGAUUAACAAAAGUGAAUCUUGAGGGCCAGAGUUGCCCACCCUGUGUUAAAAUAUACCAUAAUUUGCUUUGGACAAUAAACCGUUUGGAAAAUAAGGAAUAAUAUAAUGUAGAGUAGACUAUAAUUUGAACUAAUGUAUACAUACGUUAUGCUCUGUGGAAAAUGUAGGUUUUAUAUGUCUUUACAGUUUUUGGGGGGUUUUUUUCGCUUUGGUACUGUUUUCACAACCUGUACAUUAUCAAAACUCUACAGAAAUCCAAACUGAUCACACUUGUAACACAGCUAGUCAUUCUUUCAAAACCUGAUCCCAUGCUUUCAUUACAGUUAUGCAUAUUUUCAGUUCACAUAAUCAUUGUUUCAAACACAAGAUUAUUGUAAUAUCCUCCUGAGACCCAGAAAAAAAAGUUUUUAGAAUUUAGUACUUUUUCACGUCAUUAUAUUGUUUAGAGCAUAAGAAACAAAUGAAAAAAUAACAUUUUUGAAAAAUUAUAUUUUAUUCAAAUGUUAUGCUAUGUCCUCUGUAGUGGACACCAGGACUAAGUUGUUUAAAAAAUAAAAUGACAUGUCUAAGCAAAAACAAUGGGAUUUUUUUUUUUAUCACCAUUCAAUUUUUAGGCUUCAGGAUUGUCUUUAACCAGACUUUGUAUAAAGAUGAUUCUCAACUAUGUAUGAUAUAAUGGAAUUAAUUGAUAUACCAUUUUACUUUAUGCAAUAUGUGGGUAAAAUGGCCAUACAUCGGUUUUCCCAUUCAAUACAAUGUAUCUAUACACUGUAUAUAAUUUGCAUAUUAAUGUGUUCUUAGAGCAACAUGCAAUGAAAAAAGAAGAGUAAUAAUGGGAGUAAUAAUUGACAACAUUUUCAUAAUAAUAUCUAAUAAUUAAUAGGAAUAUUGAUAUAGAAUUUCUUUCCCUAUUCACUUGUUGUAUCUCCUAAAAUGCCUGAUAAACAUGAUUCAAGUCCUGUUGUCCUCUACAGAGGUCAUGUAUGAAAUCAAUGCCCUGUUUCGUAACAGAAAGUCAUAUUUUGAUUUGAAACCCCAUAACAUUUUCCUGAGAUAUUGAUUUAUAACAUACAAUUUGAAAAUUAAUCAGAUUUAAAUGAUAAUUACAAAAUAUUAUCAUAUUUCCAUAAGAGAGCUAAUUUUCAUUUUCAGUCAUAUUUAAAGUCAAGAAGUUGUUGUUGUCAUGGUGAAACCUUUGGCAUCUCUGCAAAGCCCUGAAUGUGCUCCUUACAGGACAUCCAGACUUAAAACUGUGAUAUGUAUGAUGUCAAAGAAAAUCACUAAAAUAUAAUGUUACUACUACAGAGAACAAAAGUCUAUUCUUGGGUCCCAGGAGGAUAUGUAGCAAACAAUGCUAGAUACAUGUUUAACUCAAAUUUAUUGCUGAAAUAAUUACAAUAAAAUAGGCUAUAGAUGUCACAUUAGAAAAUACACUUACAUUUCCUAACUUAUGUAAUUGAAUCCAUAAUGAUUGUAAUAGUGCCUAUCCAGUGUGCUAUCAAAAGGUGUGAUGAAAUAUGACAAGGUCAUGAGGUUUUGUGCUAGAGCAGAGUUUUCUGGCAAUGCAGAAAGUGUUCUCACUGUGCCAUAUAUGACUGAAUCUAUACUGUAGUUCACCUUUAGGGUAAGUUAAAGUAGUGUGGCAGUGUCUACCAUGGUAAUCUGUUUACAGUAUCACAUAGCAUACAUACUGUAAUGUAAAAUGUGAUGCCAUCUGUCUCCUUUCUUCUGAUGCAUCUCUGAUCAGUAUGAUAGUCAUUGACUGUAUUGUACCGUACUCUAUCCUGCUCAUAAAUUGCAAAUCUCUCUCUCUCUCUCUCUCACACACACACACACACACACACUUUGAACAUAGUGGUUAUCUAAAAUUAUUCGCUUAUAAUGUAAAAAGAAUUCAUUACAUUUGGUUAUCCAUAUCAGAAAUUGCAAACAAAAUACAAACUAUAUCUAUAGAAUCUGUAUAUAGAAAUCUAUAGAUGUACCUAAUGAUUUGAUUAACCUUUAAGAUCAGUUGGAAACUGAAUGAAAAGAUAUGCACAUUAAAAAUUUUGAUAGUAUAAGCAUUAUAAAUGUGAAUGUGAAUGAAACAUUUAUAAAGAUGAAACUCUUAUUUUGUGUUGUGAAAAGGAUACUUUUUGAUUUUGUGUAUUGUACUAACACAAUUGAAAAAAAAUGCUGAAAUGUUUUAAAAAUGCACUUUUGAUGAUCUGUUGUGAUAUUACUUUGUAAAACUUGUAAAACGUACUUGUGAAAAUUGCGCCAAAGCAAUAAUAAUAAUAAUAAUAAAAACUAAUUUAAACAAAA